AUGGCAGGUAGUAAGUUAGUGUUAGAAGGGCGAGUAAGUAUUAAAAGCUUUAUUUUGGGCCUGGGUUUUGUUUUAAUUCCUUUCAUUGUAUCGGUGGGAUCAGACAUUGAUUGGGUUUUCGACUGUCUCACUGGAAUUAGGGGUAAAAUAGCCAUUGCAGUCUAUAUAGCGGUUGCUAAUGGCUUAUUGCUACUCAUAUACAAAGGACCUCUGUAUCAGGUUGCAGUGCGAGCCUGCUUUCUGGGCUUUGCCUUUGGGUGUGGCUUGUUGAUAAGCUUUGGUCAAACAACAUGGACCCACUUUGGCUGGUACAUGUGUUCGCUCUGCUUCUUCCACUACUCGGAGUACCUGGUGACUGCCAUCAUCAACCCACGUAGCCUGUCGCUGGAUUCGUUCCUGCUCAAUCACAGCGUGGAAUACACUGUGGCGGCCGUGUCCUCCUGGGUGGAGUUUACUGCUGAGAAGCUCCUGAUCCCAGAGCUGAAGCAGCUGAGGUGGAUCAGUCUGGUGGGGCUGGUGAUGGUGCUCUUUGGGGAGUUCCUGCGCAAGUUGGCCAUGCUGACUGCUGGGUCCAACUUCAACCACAUUGUCCAGAACGAGAAGGCACAGAGCCACGUCCUGGUGACCAGCGGCGUUUACUCCUGCUUCAGACACCCUUCCUACGUGGGCUGGUUCUGCUGGAGCGUCGGCACUCAGGUAUUGCUGUGCAACCCUGUGUGCCUGGUGGGCUACACACUGGCCAGCUGGCGCUUCUUCCGGGAGCGCAUUGAGGAGGAGGAGAUCUCCCUGAUCCACUUCUUUGGAGAGGACUAUUUGGAAUACAAGCGCAAGGUGCCAUCUGGUUUGCCCUUCAUCCCAGGCAUCCGGGUAGGGUCCUAAUCCCCUUGACAGAGGAAGCAAGAAAAAUGUAGAAAAGAAUAAACAAAGAAAAGUUGGAGAUUCUCCACAGGCUUGUGCGACGAGGGGGCUGGCAGCCUGGUGACACUGUGAUCUGCCCCCUGGUGGCCUGGAGGACCAAGGUCACUGCUGCACAUGGAGACACUGAUACACCGAGCACUGCAGAGCCCCACCCUAGCCCCUGACAGACAGAUUUGUCAGGCGAACACUGUACCACUCAAGUUCUGUUACAUCAACCACAUCUUUGUUUAUCAUUUUCUGUUUUCUUUCAGCAUAGAUGUUCACUGUUCUCAUGUAUUGUUAAAUUUCCUCUUGUAGUAUUUUCUUCUUAUUCCUUUAUUUUAUUUUUUUUAGUCUGAAAUCCAUGGCUUAAAGGAAAAAGUGUGAUCGCUUUCACAAUUCAGUUUCCAAUGAUCCCUCACUGGCUGCUUGGCACAUCAUUUGACAAGCGCAUGUAUCUUCAUGUACCCUGUUCCCCUCCUCCAUCAAGAACCCAGCCCAGCAUUUACACCACAGUCAGUACAGGAGUGAUCUGUCUCUGUGCUUCCUCUCUGUUUGCCCAGGUCUGUGUUCAGCUUGACCUGCAGCUAGUACUAUCAGGGAGUGCGUUUUUCUCCACUUGAUAUACUGCAUUUUGGUCUUCCAACCACAGGGGGAGACAAUGUCGACUUUUCAAACUACAAUCUCCUCAGCUGUUAACAAUGAUUGCAUUGCAUUUGAUCUCAAAGUUCCAGGAUGUUUACUUGCAGUUUGGAGUCUCUUAUGUCACCGUGUUAAUUGACAGCAAGGUAACCUUGAAUAUCACAGAAUUUCAGUAAUAGUUCAGGGGAGGGAUUUAUCUUAAUUUUAAAAUGGUAAAAUGAUCAGAUUAUCCAGUCGUUCAGAGCAAUGGUUUUAGAGUGUCUUCCAAGUUCACUGCUGAAAAUGGUACAAAAGGACAGGUACUUAGUUAUAUUCAGAUGUGAUGUAAAGACCACUCUGUCUUGUGAGGCAUACAACAGGGGGCAUUCUGACACCAAGUUUCUGAUACCAACUGCAAAAUAUACUACAGUGUGCAACAAGUGCAUCAUGACAGCUGUCACAUUUGGCAGGAGAUCAUUUGACAACAGCAUACAAUACCUUGGAACGCAACCAACAUUUAGGUUAUAGCACCUUUUAAUGUUAUUGUCAUAACCAUUACCAUCACUGAGAGAAAGCGCACACGAAAUAGCUGUUUUGAAAUGAUGACUGGAUCUCUUAAGUAAAAUUCUUUAAAAAAUUCUUAAGGGAAAGAUCCCACACGUACUCAUGCUUGUCCAACUGGCCACUUGGCUGUGAAACAACAUGCUGAUUAUAAGUGAUUUCAGAUCUCAGAUUAGCUAAUUGAAAUAAGAUCAAAAGCAAGGGAAGAGUGGGAUGGCAAUUUGUCAAUUAAAAAGUUUACAGCAAGAAAAUGCAGCAUAGACACUCGAGUCUUUCUGUUGUAGCAGUUUUGACCGCAAUAUAUUUUGCGAAACAGUAUUUUCGAGUUCAGGCACAGUGUUACGGAUAGCACAAAGUGGCACACAUGAAGGAUCUCGAACAUAUAAACAACAGGAUAAAUAACAACAGGAAAAAGCUAAACUGGUAUCACAUGCCUUGAAAUUUGCAAUAAAGGUUAUUGCUAAUGUGACCAAGUUAGUUGAGGCCUGGCACUAUGGUUGUCCAGUUGUCAGCUUCACCAAUUUUCCAUAUUACAUCAAUGCUGUUUGCCUUUAGACAUUAAUUGCUAAUGCUGACAAUCAAUAAACUUUUGUAUCCCCAGUAUUUAUACAGAGACUACUUUUAAGUUGUAUUUUCCUAUGUUACAAGAGACAUUG